AUGCUAAAGUUGCUGCCCUGUUUAUCUUCCUCUCGGUUCAUCUCACUGUAUUCAUCCGGAGGACUCCGAUCCAUCGCCGCCACUUCUCCCACCACCACCGUCACCACCAAGCCCUCCCUUAGACAGUGCUUACACAUUGUAAGAGCGUCGUCAUCUACCCACAAGAUGGAGUCGGAGUAUUAUACGUUCGGACCAUACAAAAUUGGUCACAAGGAAGUCUUCUACUUCAACGACCUUUCCUAUGCCAUGGUCAACCUCCGCCCUGUUGUUCCUGCGCAAAAAGUUGGUGGUCGACUUGAGUCGCUCCACAAGGCAUCUUCCCUCACAUUUGCAAUCCAAGACGGGCCUCAGGCAGGACAGACAGUUCCUCAUGUUCAUAUCCACAUACUCCCACGCAAAAGUGGUGACUUUGAGAAAAAUGAUGAAAUUUAUGAUGCUAUAGACGUGAAGGAGAAUGAAUUAAAGCAGCAGCUUGACUUGGAUAAGGAAAGGAAGGACAGAAGCCUUGAAGAGAUGGCUCAAGAAGCAAAUGAAUACAGAAAGCUUUUCUCCUAA